CUGGCGUAUCAUGCUACAGAACUGCUGAUAGCGACGGGGUUGGGACGAUGCGUGCCAUGGGAGAUGAGAUGCCUCUUAGAUACAAAUAUAGGGCCCUAACGAGAGAAUGUCGAUCAGAUCAGAACUUCGUAGUCUAAAAUGGCUUCCUCUGCAUUGCCCGUGGCCGAAAUAACGACCUCUUCCCCCCUCGAAAAGACUGAAGAUGCCACUCUCCUUCAGCUCCUCGACAUCCCCGGCUAUGACAAAGACCUAGGCUGGUCCAUCCACGAGGAGCGUGUGGCAGUCCGCAAGGUCGACCUCUGCAUCCUCACCUUCAUCGUCCUGAUCUUCACAUUCAUGCAAUUCGAUCGAACCAACAUCUCCGCCGCUCUCACAGACACCCUUCGCACUGACAUCAAUGUCAACACGUCUCAGAUAAACACCGCCCAAACUCUCUUCAUCUUGGGCUUCGUUCUCACCGAAAUCCCCUUCAACAUCGUCACGAAGAAGAUAGGGGCUGAGACAUGGCUACCCAUCACCAUGUUCCUCUGGGGCGUAUGCACGUGGUGCCAGGUCUUCAUGAAGAGUGCCAGUGGCCUAUUUGCGUUAAGGUUUUUCAUCGGUGCUAUGGAGGGCGGAUACAUUCCUGGAAUGGCACUGUACAUCUCCCGCUACUAUACCAACCCUGAACUUGGCCUCCGCUUCGCCCUGUUCUGGGCCAGCAAUGCAGUCGCCGGUUCCCUGUCCGGUCCUCUCUCCCUCGGCCUCCUCUCCCUCAGCGGCACCCACGGGCUAAAGGGCUGGCAAUGGCUGUUCCUCAUUGAGGGUGCCGUGACCUGCUUCCUUGCUGUCGUAGCAUACCUCUACCUCCCUCACUCGCCUCCAAAACCAAAGUCAUUCUUCGGCAAGAGCUGGAACAUCUUCACUGAGCGCGAAGCGUCCAUCUUGACCACCCGAGUUCUGAGAGACGACGCGACUAAGGGGUACACCCAAGGAAAGUCGGUCCAGGUCCAGGACUGGAAAGAUACGUUCAUGGAUUGGAGAAUAUAUGGCCACGUUGUGUCUGCGUUCUUGUCAAUGCUUAUGAUCUACCCCAUCAACACCUACGCGCCGUCUCUCAUCAAGUCACUUGGAUUCGGCGGAUACAACGCCAACGGCCUCAACUCAGUCGGCCCCGUCGUCUCUCUCAUAAUCUCCAUCUCGAUUGCAUGGAAUAGCGACCGUACAAAAGAGCGUGGUUUCCAUAUUGCCGUUGGAUUCUGCGUAGGUAUUGCGGGCCUGCUGUGGACUGCCCUAGCGCCAGUUUCCUCUUCGAAAUGGGUUGUUUAUGGUGGAAUCGUCCUCACCCAAGCCGGCAUGGGCUCGACGCAAGCACUCAACGCAGCGUGGCUUUCGAGCAUGGUCGACGACAGAAAACGACCCAUUGCAUUGGCAAUGUAUGUCAUGGGCAUCCAGCUCGCUGGCUUCCCCGGAAAUCAACUUUUCCGACAGCAAGAUGCUCCAAGAUAUAGCAGAGGCUUGAUCAUUGCUGCAGCGUGUGCAGCCGCCGGAGCAGUGAUUGUGCUGGUAUGGAAGGGGAUCUAUGCAUUUGUGGAGAGACGACAAAACAGAAGCCCUGUAAAUGUCGCAGAAAUCGUCGCAGAGAGCGUGUGGGGCGAGAAGCGGUGAAGACUGCUUGUAAAACAUGAUAUCUCUAGAAUGCGUCUUUAGCGACAAGAACCAAACGUGGGAUUAGAGAGAACAAUGCAAAUCCCUUACCACGACAUGUCC